AUGGCUCCGAAGACCAGCCCAACUCCCUAUGACCGCGCCCGCAAGGCGUACAGCUCCCUGCAGUAUGAGCGAUUGAAGGCGGAUUGCCAGGAAUACUUGCCUUCUGUCCUUCUGGGCGGAGCCAAGGCUGUGAUGAAAGAGGCUGUGUCAGCUUCUCCCAAAGACGCGGAGGCCAUCAAGAAACUUUUCCCUUCCACCUGCGACAUCCCGCUGGUGGAAUUCGAAGCUGGCACUCCCCCCGCAGAGAAGGCGCCCGUGAAAGUGGGCGUGGUCCUAUCCGGUGGCCAGGCUCCUGGCGGUCACAACGUCAUCGCGGGCAUUUUUGAUGGCAUCAAAGCCUGGAACAAGGAGUCCGUGAUGUACGGCUUUCUGGAUGGGCCGCACGGGGUGUUCGCGGGCAAUUUUGUGGUCAUCACGGAUGAGAUCAUGGACGGGUUCCGCAACACAGGCGGCUUUGACAUGCUGGGCAGUGGACGCCACAAGAUUGAGACGGAGGAGCAAUUCAGGGACUCCAUGACCGUUUGCAACUCGAUUGGCCUUGAUGGCCUGGUCGUCAUCGGCGGAGACGAUUCGAACACGAACGGUGCCGUCUUGGCCGAGUACUUCAAGGCCAAUGGCUGCAAGACCAAGGUUGUCGGUGCGCCCAAGACAAUCGACGGUGAUCUCAAGUGCCCACCGCACAUCCCGGUGUCCUUCGGCUUCGACACUGCCUGCAAGACCUACGCCACCUUGGUAGGCAAUGUGGCCGUUGAUGCCUUGAGUGCGCAGAAGUACUACCACUUGGUCCGGCUCAUGGGCCGAUCUGCGUCCAAUAUUGCCCUGGAAGUUGCCUUGCUCACGCGGCCCAACGCCUGUCUUCUUGGAGAGGAGGUGGCGGAAGGCAAGCAGAGCUUGAAGGAUAUCACCAUGGAUUUGGCAGACAUGAUCGAAGCGCGCAGCAAGGACGGCAAGGAGACUACGGGGUAA